GGUGCAUGGCGUGCAUGGGUGGUGCAUCGACUGUCUGCCUUGAGGCCUACAGGAAGGCGGAGUCGUCGAUGUUGGUUGGCUCGGCCGCAGCGACUCCGGCCCGGGCCAGCGCAUCCGCGUCCGCGUUCAAGUACCUACGCGCUUGCCGAACCGUUUAUGUUGGGAGUUCCCCCCAGGUUUGACAGCCGUGAACUCCCCUCUCUUCACUCUUCCCGCGGUCCAUCUAUGAAGCAACACAACCACCCUUAAUAUCCGAACAGCCCAGAUGGCUCCCCUUGAAACCUUCCUCGCGAACCGGUUCCCGAUGGUAGCCAUGAUCGCUUCCGGCGAGCCCAAUGACUGGCUCAGCCAAGUCGGUGCAUGGUUCAGCCAAUUUUGUGCAUGGUUUGCCCAACACUGGGAGCAGUUCCUAGCAUGGGCCUCCCAACCACAUGUCAUCGCAGCCGCCACAGCAUGGGUUAUUACAUUUUGCAUUGUUUGUAUCAUUAUACUCGGGCUGGGGUUCGGGCCGGCCGGUGUUGUUGCCGGUUCGAUUGCUGCGGGUUUCCAGUCUUUCAUGUAUGCGGGUUUCACGCCCGCGGCCGGCAUAUUCGCGACGCUGACUAGUAUGGGAAUGCUGGGGGUAUUAAUGCCUGCUGUAGUGAUUGCUGCCGUGGUGGUCGCUACAGCUGUUGCCGCCACGGUUUGGUUAUGCGGGGUUGGACGUUGAUUAGACAUCUCGAAGGUGUCUCGGCCAAUAUUUCGUGAAUGUAGACUCGGACUUGGCUUUGAGAGUAAACCCGACAUCUUACUUAGGAGAAUUCAUUGUUUUUGCCCUUACCAAACAUGCAGGUGUUGAAAGUGUAUUGUAG